AUGGAAAUAUGUGGAAUUCUCAAACACAUAGAGAAUAUAGAUUGUUUUCCAAUUGCGAAGCUAUCGUCACAGUCCAAUCCUGAAAUUGAUCCCAGGUUUGUAAAAUUCUAUGGAGAUGAAAUAACAAAAAGUUGGACCGUAUUGAACAACCAAGGUGUCCACCAUGAACCAAUAAUUAACAAAGUCUCCAUACAUCCUCUCGUUAUAAGUGGUUGGUCCUGUUUGGAAGCUUAUUACAAUUUACCAAAAGAAGUUGUAGCUACGGUUAUUAUUACAUAUUCAAGUGUAUCAGAACAAAAAUCCUACAAUUUAUCAUAA